GUUCUUCAAAAUGAUAUUGAUUUGCUGAAUCCUCCCGCUGAGAUUGAGAAGAGGAAGCACAAACUUAAGCGUCUUGUUCAGUCCCCAAACUCUUUCUUCAUGGAUGUUAAGUGUCAGGGUUGCUUUAACAUAACGACUGUGUUUAGCCACUCUCAGACUGUUGUUGUAUGUGGGAACUGCCAGACUGUCUUGUGCCAGCCAACUGGUGGACGGGCAAGACUAACUGAGGGAUGCUCUUUUAGGAAGAAGGGUGAUUGAAAGCUGUUAUCUUUUUUCUUGUUUGAGUGGAGAGUUUCAGAAAUGCCUUCUCUUGUUUUGGUUAUGAUAUCUUAAUUGUUAGAAUGGAUGACAUUAAGAACCACCGAAUUUUGCAAUUCUCUUAUCCUCCGGUUUUGUUCA